CACCCUACCCCGCCCCCAAUCCCGAUCUCUCUCCCCCCCCCCCCCCCCCCUCUCGCCCCUCUCAUGCAUGAGAGGUCGCCGGGGCCAUCGCUAGCCGCCACGCGCCUCCCCUCCUCCGCCUCCCUGCUCCUGCUCCUGUCGCUGUCCCUGCUCGCCGGGCGCUCGCACGGCUGGUGGUGCCGCGAGGACGACGAGGGGUGCUCCCUGAUGGGGUUCAGGGGCGACGACUCGCCGGUCACCGGAGGCGGUAUCAGUGAAAAAGGCAGGUUCAGUUAUGGGUUUGCAAGCUGUGCUGGGAAAAGGGCAUCUAUGGAGGAUUUCUACGAGACAAGAGUGGAUGAUGUUGAUGGAGAGACUGUUGGGUUGUUUGGCGUAUUUGAUGGUCACGGCGGAGCUCGAGCAGCUGAAUAUGUGAAGAAGCACCUUUUCAGCAAUUUAAUCAAGCAUCCGAAAUUCAUGACAGAUACAAAGGCUGCUAUUGCUGAAACAUUCAAUCAUACCGAUUCAGAGUUUCUGAAAGCUGAUAGUAGCCACACCAGAGAUGCUGGCUCAACUGCCUCAACAGCUAUUCUUGUCGGUGGUCGCUUGGUGGUUGCAAAUGUUGGUGAUUCUAGAGCUGUUGUUUCUAAAGGAGGGAAGGCUAUUGCGGUUUCCAGGGAUCACAAACCUGACCAGACAGAUGAGAGACAGAGAAUUGAGGAAGCUGGAGGCUUUGUGAUGUGGGCUGGGACAUGGCGUGUUGGUGGUGUUCUUGCUGUUUCUCGCGCAUUUGGUGAUAAACUUCUAAAGCAGUAUGUUGUCGCUGAUCCAGAGAUCAAGGAGGAGGUAGUUGACAGCUCACUUGAAUUCCUUAUCCUUGCUAGUGAUGGGCUAUGGGAUGUUGUAACUAACGAUGAAGCUGUUGCCAUGGUCAAGCCAGUAGAAGAUCCUGAGCAAGCGGCGAAGGGACUACUUCAAGAAGCUUCUCAAAGGGGCAGUGCUGACAACAUCACUGUCGUCAUUGUUCGCUUCUUGGACGGAACGACGACGUCUGCUGGAGAUGGACCGAGCGAGGAGGUUGCCAAGGACCAAAGUGAGGAGGUCGCCAAGGACCAAUCUUCAUAGUUCUUGUUCCUCCACGGCGUUGUAUCCGCUGUUGUAUCUGAUGCUCAAAGUAGAUGUCAUGUGGCGGCGCCCUCCCGUGCUGCGAAACCGAAACUGACUUGGCCUGAGUUUCGUCGUUGUUCCAUGCUCCCGGCUAUCCUAGAUGGUAGGUAAUGUCGGAACACAGGGGGAUGGUGGGGCAGUGUUGUUACCAUAUGAUCCAAGGGGUACCUUUUCUUUCUUCAUGCUGAACCUUGUACUGUGUAGCUUCUAUGCUGGUGUUUCAUGCUAGUGAUUUUUAGCAGUAAAUGCAUGUAACCUGACUAUUUGAAUGAUUUGAACAAAGUUGUGCUCAUGGUGUCA